CUCUCUUGCCAUAAACAUAUCGAAUUCUAACAUCUGGGUAUCAUUUGUUCAUGGGAUUUUCUUCUUCAAAAUGAGUCACUACUCAUAUCUCACAUUAGCCCUUUGGGCCAUCCUAAUAUUCUUCUCUAAACCAUCUCAUCAAGCUUCUUAUUCUCCUCCUCCACCCGCCCUCAACCCUAGGCUCCUGGAUGCUUUCGUAGCUCUUCAAGCUUGGAAACAUUCAAUCACCUCUGACCCUAAAAACUUUACCUCCGAUUGGUAUGGCCCAAAUGUCUGCAACUACACAGGAAUCUAUUGCGCACCAGCCCCAGAUGAUCCUCAUACCAUAACAGUUGCAGGUGUCGACUUAAAUCAUGGGAACAUAUCUGGUUCUCUGCCUGAAGAGCUCGGUCUCCUCACUGACUUGUCUUUAUUCCACCUUAACUCGAACCGCUUCUGUGGUACCAUCCCUGAUAGUUUUCGCCAUCUUCGUCUUCUCCAUGAGCUUGACAUUAGCAACAACCGAUUUACGGGUGAAUUUCCUUCUGUUGUUCUUUCUAUGCCUUCACUCAGAUUUCUUGAUAUUAGAUACAAUGAGUUCCAUGGCAAUGUCCCUUCUAAACUAUUUGAUGUAAAUCUUGAUGCCCUUUUCAUCAACAACAACAAAUUCAAUUCUUCCUUGCCUGAAAACUUCGGCAACUCUCCAGUAUCAGUGGUUGUAUUGGCUAACAAUAAUAUCAGCGGUUGCUUUCCUUCAAGCUUGACAAAAAUGGCGGGGACCCUCAGCCAAAUAAUACUCAUAAACAUGGGAUUGACUGGUUGUCUGCAAUCGGAUAUAGGAAAGCUGAACCAAGUGAAAGUGUUUGAUGUAAGCUCCAACGAGCUUGUGGGUUCAUUGCCAGAUUCUAUAGGAGAAAUGAAAAUGUUGGAGCAGCUAAAUGUGGCACACAACAAACUCUCUGGCGAGAUACCAGAAAGCAUAUGCUUAUUGCCAAAGUUGGAGAAAUUCACAUACUCUUAUAAUUAUUUCUGUAGUGAGCCGCAUGUUUGCCUCAAGUUGUCGGCCAAUGAUGAUCGGAAAAACUGCAUACCUGAGAGACCUUUGCAGCGAUCACCUGAGGAAUGCAAGGCGUUCUAUACUUAUCCUGUCAAGUGCGAUGCAUCUGGGUGCUCACCACCACCACCACCACCACCUCCUCCUCCACCACCUCCACCCCCACCACCUCCGCCGCCUCCACCAGUGCAUCAUUAUCAGUAUCCUUGACCAGGGUAGAUAUUAAUUAUAUUAAUAAGAAAAUUGAUUUGUUUCAAUUGUUGUCCCUUUCAUUCAGAGAAAAAUAGGGACUAAGAAAAGUAUAGAGCGUGGGGAUAAUUGAAUUGCCUGACUUUUAUCAUUUGAAUGUUUGUACAUGUUUGCGGAUUCAAUGAACAAUAAUGUAUAUUUCCUUUGUUACUAUUUCUCUUCAAAA